AGAAGAAGUGCAACACACAAGUCCUGCAGAUUGAAAAGCUGUGAAACUGUGCAGUGUGCAAGAGAACAGCUAGCUAUUGAGGACUACCCAGUUCUAUAUUACAAAGCAUCAACUCGGUAUUUGCAUCAUGCGUGCUUUUUUGAGCUGCCUCAGCUUGAAAAAGAAUAAACAAAAACCUCGGUAUCAAGAGGCUAUCAUUCUUGCUUCUGAAACAUCUUUUACAGUCAAUGAAAUCAAGGCCUUGUAUGAUCUAUUCAAGAAACUAAGCAAUUGCAUAUAUGAUGAUAGUCUUGUUCACAAGGAGGAAUUCCAUCUUGCACUUCUUAGAAACAGCCAUAAGCAGAAUUUUUUUGCAGACAGGGUAUUUGAUCUGUUUGAUGUCAAGCAUAAUGGGGUUAUUGAAUUUGAAGAAUUUGUUCGGUCUUUAAGCAUCUUCCACCCAAAUGCACCUAAAGAAGACAAAAUUACAUUUGCAUUUAGAUUGUAUGAUUUGCGACAGACUGGCUACAUUGAGCAUCAAGAGUUGAAGGAGAUGGUGUUGGCUAUUCUAACUGAAUCUGAAUUGACGCUUUCCGAUGAAGAAGUGGAAUCAAUUGUCAAUAAGACAAUUAUGGAGGCUGAUUCAAAAGGAGAUGGGAAAAUUGAUCAAGAAGAGUGGAAGGAAUUGGUAGAAAAGAAUCCAGCUCUGAUAAAGAACAUGACUCUUCCAUAUUUAAAGGACAUAACUCUGGCAUUUCCCAGCUUUAUAAUGAACACUGACUUUGAAGAGUAGAAGUACUUGCCAAAUAAAAAUAGUUCCCCCAUAGAUGCUGUUCACUUCAAGGCACAUUCCCUGUGGACAACUUGGUCAAUCAUGGUUGCUGCUAAAGUGGCAGAGAGAGGAGCAAAGAACCAACAAUCUCUGAGGCGCCUCCCAAGCACUUUUGAUAGUGAGAUCCAGCCAGUGUAUCCUGUUUGCUAUUCACAACAACAAAUCUUAAUGUUUCACCACAUAGUUUAGUUUACAUUAUUUUUCCUCAUCUGUAUGGCAUAAAAAAAAGUUUCCAGUGAGUCAUGAUAUAACAUGUUACCACCUUACCUAAAAGUUUAGGUACUGGUCAAUUACAUUAUAUUAAUUACUUGUAACUUCCAUUCAAUAUGAGACUUAACUACUCAUACUGACACUUGUAUUUGUAUAUGCAACACCUCUAUGUUAACUGAU